GGUAUCUCAUCACGGUUUUGAUUUGUAUUUUCCUGAUGCCGAGUGAUGCAAAACCAAGUAGUUUAUUUUGGAUUUUUACUGUUUGGGUCAGACUUCUUUGAAAAAUGGGGGGAAAAUUUCAGUAGUUCCAUUUCCAAGUUGCAGCAAAGGCAAGUUGAUGUGGAAAAAUGGAAAUUCAUGAUGAAGACUGCUCAAGGUGGUGGUCAUCGAACACUCCUCUACGGACAUGCCAUAUUGCUGCGCCAUUCCUAUAGUGGCAUGUAUCUGUGUUGCCUGUCCACCUCCCGGUCUUCAACUGAUAAACUGGCCUUUGAUGUUGGCUUGCAAGAGGACACAACAGGGGAGGCCUGUUGGUGGACCAUCCAUCCUGCCUCAAAGCAGCGGUCGGAAGGAGAAAAGGUGCGAGUUGGAGAUGACCUCAUCUUGGUCAGCGUGUCCUCGGAGAGGUACCUGCACCUGUCUUAUGGCAACGGCAGUUUACACGUGGACGCGGCUUUCCAGCAGACUCUCUGGAGCGUGGCCCCCAUCAGCUCAGGAAGCGAAGCCGCCCAAGGGUAUCUCAUUGGUGGUGACGUCCUCAGGUUGCUGCACGGACACAUGGACGAGUGCCUCACUGUCCCUUCAGGAGAACACGGGGAAGAGCAGCGGAGAACUGUUCACUAUGAAGGUGGUGCUGUAUCCGUCCAUGCACGUUCCCUGUGGAGACUAGAGACGCUAAGAGUUGCAUGGAGUGGAAGCCACAUAAGAUGGGGCCAGCCUUUCCGACUACGCCAUGUCACAACAGGAAAAUACUUGAGUCUCAUGGAAGACAAAAGCCUUCUACUCAUGGACAAAGAAAAGGCUGAUGUAAAAUCAACAGCAUUUACCUUCCGAUCUUCCAAGGAAAAAUUGGAUGUAGGGGUGAGAAAAGAAGUCGAUGGCAUGGGGACAUCUGAAAUAAAAUACGGAGACUCAGUAUGCUAUAUACAACAUAUAAAUACAGGCCUGUGGCUUACUUACCAGUCUGUGGAUGUGAAAUCAGUGAGAAUGGGAUCCAUACAACGUAAGGCUAUUAUGCAUCAUGAAGGUCACAUGGAUGAUGGCUUAAAUUUAUCUAGAUCUCAGCAUGAAGAAUCACGGACUGCACGUGUCAUCCGGAGUACAGUCUUCCUUUUCAAUAGAUUUAUAAGGGGCCUUGAUGCGCUCAGCAAAAAAGUGAAGGCUUCCACGGUGGACCUCCCUAUAGAAUCUGUGAGUCUAAGUCUGCAGGACCUGAUUGGCUACUUUCAUCCCCCAGAUGAGCAUUUAGAGCAUGAAGACAAGCAGAACAGAUUACGAGCUCUAAAGAACCGGCAGAAUCUCUUCCAGGAAGAGGGAAUGAUCAACCUCGUGCUCGAGUGUAUAGACAGGCUGCACGUGUACAGCAGUGCGGCCCACUUUGCGGAUGUCGCCGGGAGAGAAGCUGGCGAGUCCUGGAAGUCGAUUCUGAAUUCUCUCUAUGAGUUGCUAGCGGCACUAAUUAGAGGAAAUCGUAAAAACUGUGCUCAGUUUUCUGGCUCCCUUGACUGGUUGAUCAGCCGAUUGGAAAGACUGGAAGCUUCUUCUGGUAUUCUUGAAGUUUUACACUGUGUGUUAGUAGAAAGUCCAGAAGCUCUAAAUAUUAUUAAGGAAGGACACAUUAAAUCCAUAAUCUCACUUUUAGACAAGCAUGGGAGAAACCACAAGGUCCUGGACGUCCUGUGUUCUCUCUGUGUCUGCCAUGGAGUGGCAGUCCGUUCUAACCAGCAUCUCAUCUGUGACAAUCUGCUGCCAGGAAGAGAUUUACUGUUGCAGACGCGUCUUGUGAACCAUGUCAGCAGCAUGAGACCCAAUAUUUUUCUGGGCGUCAGUGAAGGGUCCGCUCAGUACAAGAAGUGGUACUAUGAGCUGAUGGUGGACCACACGGAGCCGUUCGUGACCGCCGAAGCCACGCACCUGCGGGUGGGCUGGGCUUCCACCGAAGGGUACUCUCCCUACCCAGGAGGCGGUGAGGAGUGGGGUGGAAACGGAGUCGGAGACGACCUCUUCUCCUACGGAUUCGACGGCCUUCACCUCUGGUCAGGCUGUAUUGCUCGUACCGUAAGCUCACCGAACCAGCAUCUGCUGAGAACCGAUGAUGUCAUCAGUUGCUGUCUAGAUCUCAGUGCCCCGAGCAUCUCAUUCCGAAUUAACGGCCAACCUGUUCAAGGAAUGUUUGAGAAUUUCAACAUUGAUGGCCUCUUCUUUCCAGUUGUUAGUUUCUCUGCAGGAAUAAAGGUACGCUUUCUGCUUGGGGGAAGACAUGGAGAAUUUAAAUUCCUCCCGCCACCUGGGUAUGCUCCUUGUUAUGAAGCCGUUCUGCCAAAAGAAAAGUUGAAAGUGGAGCACAGCCGAGAGUACAAGCAAGAAAGAACGUACACACGGGACCUGCUGGGCCCCACAGUCUCCCUGACGCAGGCCGCCUUCACGCCGAUCCCGGUGGAUACCAGUCAGAUUGUGUUGCCUCCUCAUCUAGAGAGAAUAAGAGAAAAACUGGCAGAGAAUAUCCAUGAACUCUGGGUUAUGAAUAAAAUUGAACUUGGCUGGCAGUAUGGUCCCGUUAGAGAUGACAAUAAGAGACAACACCCAUGUCUGGUGGAGUUCUCCAAGCUGCCUGAACAGGAGCGCAAUUACAACUUGCAAAUGUCGCUUGAGACCCUGAAGACUUUGCUGGCACUAGGAUGUCAUGUGGGUAUCUCAGAUGAACAUGCUGAAGAAAAGGUGAAAAAAAUGAAGCUUCCCAAGAAUUACCAGCUGACAAGUGGAUAUAAGCCUGCCCCAAUGGACCUGAGCUUCAUCAAACUCACCCCAUCUCAGGAAGCGAUGGUGGACAAGUUGGCAGAAAAUGCCCAUAAUGUGUGGGCCCGGGAUCGAAUCCGGCAGGGCUGGACUUAUGGCAUCCAACAGGAUGUAAAGAACAGGAGAAACCCUCGCCUGGUGCCCUACGCCCUUCUGGAUGACCGCACCAAGAAAUCUAAUAAGGACAGCCUCCGUGAGGCUGUGCGCACGCUGCUGGGGUAUGGCUACAACCUGGAGGCACCAGAUCAGGAUCCCGGGGCCAGAGCCGAAGUGUGCAGCGGCACCGGGGAGAGGUUCCGAAUCUUCCGCGCCGAGAAGACCUAUGCUGUCAAGGCAGGAAGGUGGUAUUUUGAGUUCGAGGCCGUCACUGCCGGCGACAUGAGGGUUGGCUGGAGCAGGCCCGGCUGUCAACCUGAUCAAGAGCUUGGCUCCGAUGAGCGUGCCUUUGCUUUUGAUGGCUUCAAGGCUCAGCGGUGGCACCAGGGUAACGAACACUACGGGCGCUCUUGGCAAGCGGGCGACGUUGUGGGGUGCAUGGUAGAUAUGACAGAGCACACCAUGUUGUUCACGCUGAAUGGCGAAAUCCUUCUUGACGAUUCAGGCUCAGAGCUGGCAUUCAAGGACUUUGAUGUUGGUGAUGGAUUCAUUCCUGUCUGUAGCCUUGGAGUGGCUCAAGUGGGCAGGAUGAACUUUGGAAAAGAUGUCAGCACCUUGAAAUAUUUCACCAUCUGUGGCUUACAAGAGGGCUAUGAACCGUUUGCUGUUAACACAAACAGGGAUAUUACCAUGUGGCUAAGCAAGAGGCUUCCUCAGUUUCUCCAGGUCCCAUCAAAUCAUGAGCAUAUCGAGGUGACCAGAAUAGACGGCACCAUAGACAGUUCUCCAUGUUUAAAGGUGACUCAGAAGUCCUUCGGUUCUCAGAACAGCAGCACGGAUAUCAUGUUCUAUCGCCUGAGCAUGCCCAUCGAGUGCGCAGAAGUGUUCUCCAAGACGGUGGCCGGAGGACUCCCAGGCGCUGGCCUCUUUGGGCCCAAGAAUGAUCUGGAGGACUAUGAUGCAGAUUCUGACUUCGAGGUUCUAAUGAAGACGGCUCAUGGCCAUCUGGUGCCAGAUCGCGUUGACAAAGACAAGGAAGCCACAAAACCAGAGUUUAAUAACCACAAAGAUUACGCUCAGGAAAAGCCCUCUCGUCUGAAACAAAGAUUUUUGCUUAGAAGGACAAAGCCAGAUUAUAGCACAAGCCAUUCUGCAAGACUCACUGAAGAUGUGCUUGCAGAUGAUCGGGAUGAUUACGAUUACUUGAUGCAAACGUCCACGUACUAUUACUCAGUGAGAAUCUUUCCUGGCCAAGAACCUGCUAACGUCUGGGUAGGCUGGAUUACAUCAGAUUUCCAUCAAUAUGAUACAGGCUUUGACUUGGACAGAGUUCGCACAGUAACCGUUACUCUAGGAGAUGAAAAGGGAAAAGUACAUGAAAGCAUCAAACGCAGCAACUGCUAUAUGGUGUGUGCGGGCGAGAGCAUGAGCCCCGGGCAAGGACGCAACAACAAUGGCCUGGAGAUCGGGUGCGUGGUGGAUGCCGCCAGUGGGCUGCUCACAUUCACCGCCAAUGGCAAGGAGCUGGGCACAUACUACCAGGUGGAACCAAGUACAAAAUUAUUUCCUGCAGUGUUUGCACAAGCUACAAGUCCCAAUGUUUUCCAGUUUGAGUUGGGAAGAAUAAAGAAUGUGAUGCCUCUGUCGGCGGGAUUAUUCAAGAGCGAGCACAAAAACCCUGUGCCACAGUGUCCUCCACGUCUCCACGUGCAAUUUCUUUCCCACGUCCUGUGGAGCAGGAUGCCUAACCAGUUCUUGAAGGUAGAUGUCUCUCGAAUCAGUGAGCGCCAAGGCUGGCUGGUGCAGUGUUUGGAUCCUCUGCAGUUCAUGUCUCUUCAUAUCCCAGAGGAGAACAGAUCUGUCGACAUACUGGAAUUGACAGAGCAGGAGGAGCUGCUAAAAUUCCACUAUCACACUCUCCGCCUUUACUCCGCCGUCUGUGCUCUUGGCAACCACCGGGUGGCGCAUGCCUUGUGCAGCCACGUGGAUGAGCCUCAGCUGCUCUACGCCAUCGAGAACAAGUACAUGCCUGGUUUGCUGCGCGCCGGCUACUAUGACCUGCUGAUUGACAUCCACCUUAGCUCCUACGCCACCGCCAGGCUCAUGAUGAACAGUGAGUUCAUCGUGCCCAUGACGGAGGAGACCAAGAGCAUCACCCUUUUCCCUGAUGAGAACAAAAAACAUGGCCUCCCGGGGAUUGGCCUCAGCACCUCCCUUAGGCCACGGAUACAGUUUUCCUCCCCCAGUUUUGUAAGCAUUAACAAUGAAUGUUACCAGUAUAGUCCAGAGUUUCCGCUGGACAUCCUCAAGGCCAAAACCAUUCAGAUGUUGACAGAAGCUGUUAAGGAGGGCAGCCUUCAUGCCCGGGACCCCGUUGGGGGGACCACUGAGUUCCUCUUUGUACCUCUCAUCAAGCUUUUCUAUACUCUGCUCAUCAUGGGGAUCUUCCACAAUGAGGACUUAAAACACAUCUUGCGGUUGAUAGAGCCCAGUGUGUUCAAGGAAGCUGCCACUCCGGAUGAGGAGACAGACGUGCUGGAGAAAGAGCCCAGCCCAGAAGAUGCCAGACCAGAAGGAGCUGGCGAAGAAGAAGCCAAAGGGGGUAAGAGGCCCAAGGAAGGCCUGCUCCAGAUGAAACUGCCUGAGCCAGUUAAAUUGCAGAUGUGCCUGCUGCUUCAGUACCUCUGUGACUGUCAGGUCCGGCACCGGAUAGAAGCCAUCGUGGCCUUUUCAGAUGACUUUGUAGCAAAGCUCCAAGACAAUCAGCGCUUCCGAUACAACGAAGUGAUGCAAGCCUUAAACAUGUCAGCUGCCCUCACCGCCAGAAAAACGAAGGAAUUUAGAUCACCACCUCAAGAGCAGAUCAAUAUGCUUCUCAAUUUUAAGGAUGACAAAAGUGAAUGUCCAUGUCCUGAAGAAAUCCGUGACCAACUCUUAGAUUUUCAUGAAGAUUUGAUGACACAUUGUGGAAUUGAGCUGGAUGAAGAUGGGUCUUUAGAUGGAAACAGUGACUUAACAAUUCGAGGACGCCUGCUGUCCCUGGUAGAAAAGGUGACAUACCUGAAGAAGAAACAAGCUGAGAAACCAGUUGAGAGUGACUCCAAGAAGUCCUCCACUCUUCAGCAGUUGAUUUCUGAGACCAUGGUCCGAUGGGCACAAGAGUCUGUCAUUGAAGACCCUGAAUUGGUGAGGGCCAUGUUUGUGUUGCUCCACCGACAGUAUGAUGGCAUUGGUGGUCUGGUCCGCGCUCUGCCAAAGACCUACACUAUCAAUGGUGUCUCUGUGGAGGAUACCAUCAACCUGCUGGCAUCUCUUGGUCAGAUUCGUUCUCUGCUGAGUGUAAGAAUGGGCAAAGAAGAAGAGAAGCUUAUGAUUCGUGGAUUAGGGGAUAUCAUGAAUAAUAAAGUUUUUUACCAGCACCCUAAUCUCAUGAGGGCCCUUGGGAUGCAUGAGACAGUGAUGGAGGUCAUGGUGAAUGUCCUUGGAGGUGGAGAGUCCAAGGAAAUCACUUUUCCCAAGAUGGUGGCCAACUGUUGCCGUUUCCUUUGUUACUUCUGUCGUAUAAGUAGGCAGAAUCAAAAAGCUAUGUUUGAUCAUCUCAGCUAUUUAUUGGAGAAUAGCAGUGUUGGUCUUGCUUCACCAGCUAUGAGGGGCUCAACACCACUGGAUGUGGCAGCUGCCUCGGUGAUGGAUAAUAAUGAACUGGCCUUAGCACUGCGUGAGCCAGAUUUGGAAAAGUUGAUUCAUGCUGGUAAGGGGGAAGCCAUCAGAAUCCGGUCCAUUUUAUCCCUAAUUCCACUGGGAGAUUUGGUGGGAGUAAUCAGCAUUGGUUUUCAGAUGCCAACAAUAGCCAAAGAUGGGAAUGUGGUGGAGCCUGACAUGUCUGCGGGGUUUUGCCCAGAUCACAAGGCAGCCAUGGUUUUGUUCCUUGACAGGGUCUAUGGGAUUGAGGUUCAAGAUUUCCUCCUCCAUCUUCUCGAGGUUGGCUUUCUGCCAGAUCUCCGGGCUGCUGCUUCUUUAGACACGGCUGCUCUGAGUGCUACAGACAUGGCCUUGGCCCUCAAUCGGUACCUUUGCACAGCCGUGCUGCCUCUGUUAACGAGAUGCGCCCCUCUUUUUGCGGGCACAGAGCACCAUGCCUCUCUCAUUGACUCCUUACUUCACACUGUGUACAGACUCUCUAAGGGCUGCUCUCUUACCAAAGCUCAGCGGGAUGCCAUAGAAAUUUGUUUGCUCUCUAUUUGUGGCCAAUUGAGACCUUCUAUGAUGCAACACUUGCUCCGAAGAUUAGUAUUUGAUGUCCCAUUAUUAAAUGAACAUGCAAAGAUGCCUCUUAAGCUGCUGACAAAUCAUUAUGAAAGAUGCUGGAAAUAUUACUGCCUGCCUGGAGGGUGGGGGAACUUUGGAGCUGCCUCAGAGGAAGAGCUUCAUUUAUCAAGAAAGUUGUUUUGGGGCAUUUUUGAUGCCCUGUCUCAAAAGAAAUAUGAACAAGAACUUUUCAAACUGGCACUGCCUUGCCUGAGUGCAGUUGCGGGAGCUUUGCCUCCAGACUACAUGGAGUCAAAUUAUGUCAGUAUGAUGGAAAAACAGUCAUCAAUGGAUUCUGAAGGGAACUUUAACCCACAACCUGUUGAUACCUCAAAUAUCACAAUUCCUGAGAAGUUGGAAUACUUCAUUAACAAGUAUGCGGAACAUUCUCAUGACAAGUGGUCAAUGGACAAGUUGGCAAAUGGAUGGAUUUAUGGAGAAAUAUAUUCAGACUCGUCUAAAGUUCAACCGUUAAUGAAGCCAUAUAAACUAUUAUCUGAAAAGGAAAAAGAAAUUUAUCGCUGGCCUAUCAAAGAGUCUUUAAAAACCAUGCUGGCGUGGGGUUGGAGGAUUGAGAGAACACGGGAGGGAGACAGCAUGGCGCUCUAUAACCGGACUCGUCGCAUUUCUCAGACAAGCCAGGUUUCUGUAGACGCUGCACAUGGCUAUAGCCCCCGAGCCAUUGACAUGAGCAAUGUCACGCUGUCCAGAGACCUGCACGCUAUGGCAGAAAUGAUGGCUGAAAACUACCAUAAUAUUUGGGCCAAGAAAAAGAAAAUGGAACUGGAAUCCAAAGGAGGUGGAAACCAUCCCCUACUGGUUCCCUAUGACACGCUCACAGCCAAAGAGAAAGCCAAGGAUAGGGAGAAAGCACAGGACAUCCUCAAGUUCUUGCAGAUCAAUGGCUAUGCGGUGUCCAGAGGAUUCAAGGACCUGGAAUUGGACACACCUUCCAUUGAGAAACGAUUUGCCUAUAGCUUCCUUCAGCAACUCAUUCGCUAUGUGGAUGAAGCCCAUCAGUACAUCCUGGAGUUUGAUGGUGGGAGUAGAAGCAAAGGAGAGCAUUUCCCUUACGAACAAGAAAUCAAGUUCUUCGCUAAAGUACAGUAUACAGUCCAUUUUGUUCUUGCUACAGUUGUGCUCCCUUUAAUUGACCAGUAUUUCAAAAACCAUCGUUUAUACUUCUUAUCUGCAGCAAGCAGACCUCUCUGCUCUGGAGGACAUGCAUCAAACAAGGAGAAAGAAAUGGUGACUAGCCUAUUCUGCAAACUUGGAGUUCUUGUCAGGCAUAGGAUUUCACUAUUUGGAAAUGAUGCCACAUCAAUUGUUAACUGCCUUCACAUUUUGGGUCAGACUUUGGAUGCCAGGACUGUGAUGAAGACUGGCCUCGAGAGUGUUAAAAGUGCACUCCGAGCUUUUCUGGACAAUGCCGCGGAGGAUCUGGAGAAGACCAUGGAGAAUCUCAAGCAAGGCCAGUUCACCCACACCCGAAACCAACCCAGAGGUGUCACUCAGAUUAUCAAUUACACCACGGUGGCUCUGUUGCCGAUGCUGUCGUCAUUAUUUGAGCACAUUGGCCAGCAUCAGUUUGGAGAAGAUCUAAUAUUGGAAGAUGUACAGGUGUCAUGCUACAGAAUUCUGACUAGCUUAUAUGCUUUGGGAACCAGCAAAAGUAUUUAUGUGGAAAGGCAACGCUCUGCAUUAGGAGAAUGUCUCGCGGCUUUUGCGGGCGCCUUUCCUGUAGCGUUUUUGGAAACUCAUCUCGACAAGCAUAACGUUUACUCUAUCUACAAUACUAAGUCCUCACGAGAAAGAGCAGCUCUCAAUUUGCCAACUAAUGUGGAAGAUGUUUGCCCAAAUAUACCCUCUUUGGAGAAGCUCAUGGAAGAAAUUGUGGAACUAGCCGAGUCUGGUAUUCGCUACACACAAAUGCCACAUGUAAUGGAAGUCAUACUGCCCAUGCUUUGCAGCUACAUGUCCCGUUGGUGGGAGCACGGACCUGAAAACAACCCAGAGAGGGCCGAGAUGUGCUGCACAGCGCUGAGCUCUGAGCACAUGAACACGCUCCUGGGGAACAUACUGAAAAUCAUCUACAAUAACUUGGGAAUUGACGAGGGCGCCUGGAUGAAGAGGUUAGCAGUUUUCUCGCAGCCCAUUAUAAAUAAAGUGAAACCUCAGCUCCUGAAAACUCAUUUCUUGCCAUUAAUGGAGAAACUCAAGAAAAAAGCAGCGAUGGUUGUGUCUGAGGAGGACCAUCUGAAGGCCGAGGCCAGGGGGGAUAUGUCCGAGGCAGAACUUCUCAUUCUCGAUGAGUUCACCACGCUGGCCAGAGAUCUCUAUGCCUUCUACCCGCUCUUGAUUAGAUUUGUGGACUAUAACAGGGCAAAGUGGCUAAAAGAGCCUAACCCAGAAGCAGAGGACCUGUUCCGCAUGGUGGCCGAAGUGUUUAUCUACUGGUCGAAAUCCCACAAUUUCAAAAGAGAAGAACAGAACUUCGUGGUACAGAAUGAAAUCAACAAUAUGUCUUUCCUUAUCACUGACACCAAGUCAAAGAUGUCAAAGGCGGCUGUUUCUGACCAGGAAAGGAAGAAAAUGAAGCGCAGAGGAGAUCGGUACUCCAUGCAGACUUCUCUAAUAGUGGCAGCUCUGAAGCGACUGCUGCCCAUCGGGUUGAACAUCUGUGCCCCUGGGGACCAGGAGCUCAUUGCUCUGGCCAAAAACCGAUUCAGUAUGAAAGACACGGAGGAUGAAGUACGAGAUAUAAUCCGCAGUAAUAUUCACUUACAAGGCAAGUUGGAGGAUCCUGCUAUCAGAUGGCAAAUGGCUCUUUACAAAGACUUACCGAACAGGACUGAAGAUACAUCAGAUCCGGAGAAGACUGUGGAAAGAGUAUUAGACAUAGCGAAUGUGCUUUUUCAUCUCGAGCAGAAAUCUACAUGUAUGCGCCGGAGAUAUUACAGUCUGGUGGAGCAUCCACAGAGAUCGAAGAAGGCAGUAUGGCACAAGCUGUUGUCCAAGCAGAGGAAGAGGGCGGUGGUCGCCUGCUUCAGGAUGGCUCCUUUAUACAAUCUGCCAAGGCAUCGGGCUGUCAACCUCUUUCUUCAGGGAUAUGAAAAGUCUUGGAUUGAAACAGAAGAACACUAUUUUGAAGAUAAACUGAUAGAAGAUUUAGCAAAGCCUGGAGCCAACCCUCCAGAAGAAGAGGAAGGCACGAAGAGAGUUGAUCCCCUCCAUCAGCUCAUCCUUCUGUUUAGUCGAACAGCUUUAACAGAGAAAUGCAAACUGGAGGAAGAUUUUUUAUACAUGGCUUAUGCAGAUAUUAUGGCAAAGAGUUGUCAUGAUGAGGAAGAUGAUGAUGGUGAAGAAGAAGUGAAGAGUUUUGAAGUCACAGGAUCCCAACGCAGCAAGGAGAAAGAAAUGGAAAAGCAAAAGCUUCUCUACCAGCAAGCCAGGCUGCACGACCGCGGGGCUGCUGAGAUGGUGCUGCAGACCAUCAGCGCCAGCAAAGGUGAUACUGGACCAAUGGUAGCUGCGACUUUGAAACUUGGAAUUGCUAUCUUAAAUGGUGGGAACUCCACAGUACAGCAGAAAAUGCUUGACUACCUCAAGGAGAAAAAGGAUGUGGGCUUCUUUCAGAGUCUGGCUGGCCUGAUGCAGUCAUGUAGUGUCCUCGACCUAAAUGCAUUUGAGCGACAAAACAAAGCUGAAGGACUUGGAAUGGUGACCGAGGAAGGAUCAGCCUCUCACUUUGAAAGUCACAGACUGCAGACUGGAGAAAAGGUUCUCCAGGAUGAUGAGUUCACCUGCGACCUCUUCCGCUUCCUACAACUGCUUUGUGAGGGACACAACUCAGAUUUUCAAAAUUACCUGAGAACUCAGACUGGCAAUAACACAACCGUCAACAUAAUCAUCUCUACUGUAGACUACCUCCUGAGGGUCCAGGAAUCCAUUAGUGAUUUCUAUUGGUAUUAUUCUGGGAAAGAUGUUAUUGAUGAACAAGGACAACGGAAUUUCUCCAAAGCAAUUCAAGUAGCAAAGCAAGUCUUUAACACUCUCACGGAGUAUAUUCAGGGUCCUUGCACUGGGAAUCAGCAGAGCUUGGCCCAUAGCAGGCUGUGGGAUGCGGUUGUGGGCUUUCUUCAUGUAUUUGCCCACAUGCAGAUGAAGCUGUCUCAGGAUUCCAGUCAAAUUGAGCUAUUAAAAGAAUUAAUGGAUCUUCAGAAGGAUAUGGUGGUCAUGCUUCUGUCCAUGUUAGAAGGUAAUGUUGUUAAUGGAACCAUUGGCAAACAGAUGGUCGAUAUGCUCGUGGAAUCUUCCAACAAUGUGGAGAUGAUUCUCAAGUUUUUUGACAUGUUCUUAAAACUAAAGGAUUUGACAUCCUCUGACACGUUUAAGGAAUACGAUCCUGAUGGCAAGGGAGUCAUUUCCAAGAGGGACUUCCAUAAAGCGAUGGAAAGCCAUAAGCACUACACACAGUCGGAAACCGAGUUUCUUCUGUCCUGUGCAGAGACCGAUGAAAAUGAGACCCUUGACUAUGAGGAGUUUGUCAAACGGUUCCAUGAGCCCGCAAAGGACAUCGGCUUCAAUGUCGCCGUUCUCCUGACCAACUUGUCUGAACACAUGCCCAAUGACACGCGACUGCAGACUUUCCUGGAGUUGGCAGAGAGCGUGCUGAAUUACUUCCAGCCCUUUCUGGGCCGCAUCGAGAUCAUGGGCAGUGCCAAACGCAUUGAGAGGGUUUAUUUUGAAAUCAGUGAGUCCAGCCGCACCCAGUGGGAGAAGCCCCAGGUCAAGGAGUCUAAACGGCAGUUCAUAUUUGACGUGGUCAACGAAGGGGGAGAAAAGGAGAAGAUGGAGCUUUUCGUCAACUUCUGCGAGGACACCAUAUUUGAAAUGCAGCUGGCAGCACAGAUCUCAGAGUCGGAUCUGAAUGAAAGGUCAGUGAAUAAGGACGAAAGUGAGAAGGAGAAGCCCGAAGAGCAGGGACCCAGGAUGGGUUUCUUUUCCAUUCUGACGGUCAAGUCGGCCCUGCUGGCUCUCAGGUACAAUAUCUUGACCCUCAUGCGGAUGCUCACCCUGAAGAGCCUGAAGAAACAGAUGAAGAAGGUGAAGAAGAUGACGGUGAAGGAUAUGGUCACAGCUGCCUUUUCAUCCUACUGGAGUAUUUUCCUGAGCCUCCUGCAUUUUGUGGCCAGCGUUUCCAGAGGCUUUUUCCGCAUCGUUUGCAGCCUGCUGCUGGGGGGCAGUCUGGUAGAAGGAGCAAAAAAGAUCAGAGUGGCAGAGCUCUUAGCCAACAUGCCGGACCCCACUCAGGAUGAGGUGAGGGGGGACGGCGAGGAGGGGGACAGGAAGCCCAUGGAAGCUGCCCUGCCCUCGGAAGACCUGACAGACCUGAAGGAACUGACAGAGGAAAGCGACCUUCUUUCGGACAUAUUUGGCUUGGAUCUAAAGAGAGAAGGAGGACAGUACAAACUCAUUCCUCAUAACCCAAACGCUGGCCUCAGUGACCUCAUGAGCAACCCGGUCGCCAUCCCCGACGUGCAAGAAAAAUUCCAGGAACAGAAGGCGAAAGAGGACGAAAAGGAGGAAAAAGAAGAAAACAAAUCUGAACCAGAAAAGGCCGAGGGAGAAGAUGGAGAAAAGGAAGAAAAAGCCAAAGAAGAUAAGGGUAAACAGAAGUUGAGGCAGCUCCACAUGCACAGAUAUGGAGAGCCCGAAGUUCCCGAGUCAGCGUUCUGGAAGAAAAUCAUAGCGUAUCAACAGAAACUUCUAAACUAUUUUGCUCGCAACUUUUACAACAUGAGAAUGUUAGCCUUAUUUGUCGCAUUUGCAAUCAAUUUCAUCUUGCUCUUUUAUAAGGUCUCCACUUCUUCUGUGGUUGAAGGAAAGGAGCUCCCCACUCGCAGUACGAGUGAAAAUGCCAAAGUUAGCAGCCUAGACAGCGGCUCGCCCAGAAUCAUGGCGGUUCACUACGUCCUGGAGGAGAGCAGCGGCUACAUGGAGCCCACUCUAAAGAUCUUAGCUAUUCUGCACACGGUCAUUUCUUUCUUCUGCAUCAUCGGAUACUACUGCUUGAAAGUCCCACUGGUUAUUUUUAAGCGAGAAAAGGAAGUAGCUCGAAAAUUGGAAUUUGAUGGGCUUUAUAUUACAGAACAGCCUUCAGAAGAUGAUAUUAAAGGCCAGUGGGAUAGACUUGUAAUCAACACACAGUCAUUUCCCAACAACUACUGGGACAAAUUUGUUAAAAGAAAGGUUAUGGACAAGUACGGAGAGUUCUAUGGCCGGGACAGAAUCAGCGAGCUCCUGGGUAUGGACAAAGCUGCUCUGGACUUCAGCGAUGCCCGGGAGAAGAAGAAGCCAAAGAAAGACAGCUCCCUAUCGGCCGUACUGAACUCUAUCGACGUAAAGUAUCAGAUGUGGAAACUAGGAGUCGUCUUCACUGACAACUCCUUCCUCUACCUGGCCUGGUAUAUGACUAUGUCCGUUCUUGGACACUAUAACAACUUUUUUUUUGCUGCUCAUCUUCUUGACAUUGCUAUGGGAUUCAAGACGCUAAGAACCAUCUUGUCAUCGGUAACUCACAAUGGCAAGCAGCUUGUAUUAACUGUUGGCUUAUUAGCUGUUGUCGUAUACCUAUAUACUGUUGUGGCAUUCAAUUUCUUCCGAAAAUUCUACAAUAAAAGCGAAGACGGUGACACUCCAGAUAUGAAAUGUGAUGACAUGCUAACGUGCUAUAUGUUCCACAUGUAUGUCGGGGUGCGUGCCGGAGGGGGCAUCGGUGAUGAAAUCGAAGACCCGGCAGGCGACGAAUAUGAGAUCUAUCGAAUUAUCUUUGACAUCACCUUCUUCUUCUUUGUGAUUGUCAUUCUCUUGGCCAUAAUACAAGGUUUAAUUAUUGAUGCUUUCGGAGAACUGAGAGAUCAGCAGGAGCAAGUCAAAGAAGACAUGGAGACCAAAUGCUUCAUCUGUGGGAUAGGCAACGAUUACUUCGACACAGUGCCACAUGGCUUUGAAACCCACACUUUACAGGAACACAACCUGGCCAAUUACCUGUUUUUUCUGAUGUAUCUCAUAAACAAAGAUGAAACAGAGCACACAGGACAGGAAUCUUACGUCUGGAAGAUGUAUCAAGAAAGGUGCUGGGAAUUUUUCCCAGCAGGGGACUGUUUCCGGAAACAGUAUGAGGACCAGCUAAAUUAGACUCAGACUCAGAUUACUUCU